AUGGAAGCACACGGGGGUUUGACGCCUAGUAAUCUUUGGCAACCAGGUGAAUUGGCACGUCGCAUGAUGGGAGAGCGGCCGUCUCCGGUACCUCCUACCAGGGAGCUGUGGCCUUCUGCAUCUGUACAACAGCCGCUCAGCAUUAGCACUUUACACAUAGCAUAUUUGAAAGAUGAAGAUUUAAUUCCGAGAAGAGCAUCGACAUUACCUCCUCAACCAUAUUCUCCUACAACCAUCCCCAUAGAACGUGACUACAAACCUGGAAUGUGCACUGUUGGAACAAAUACGGAGCCUCCUCCUUCGCUCUUUGUUAGACUCAAAAAAAUUAUAAAAAGAGAAGAGCGCGACACGAACGUUUUUCCACCGCCAAUAGAGUUUACUCCUAUUAAUAGGGAAAGUUCUUCGGAUUACGAUGAAUCACCACUAGAGCGCGCGUUUAACGGAAUAAAAAAAGUAAUUACAGGAGCUAAAUACCGUAUAGCACCCCGGUCUGACACGGCAGAAAGCCCAAAAAUAGUGUACGACACGUCUAAGCCUGGGGAUAGAAUGGUUUCUACAUUUGGUGCUAGUGAAUCAAGAAAGUGGUUUAAGUUACCAUCUCGGGCAAGUUACGUUCGGCGCCUUCGGACCGUUGUUGACUGUUGCCAACGAACACCCCGUCGUCCCCCUCGGCGUAAUGUGCAACCGAACCGAACCUUGCAGAUCACACAGGUGUGA